CACUUUCCCAUUGGCAUAAACUUCUCCGUCUGAACCAGAAACCUACAUUGUUACCUCCCUCAAGCUUCGCUUUUAUCAGUUUCCACCCUUUUCUUCUCAUCAACCAUGGCUGCUGUUUUACUCCUUUCUUUGCUCAUUCUCGCCAUGACUGGCCACUCAAGUGCUGUGUGGUGCGUUUGCAAAGACAGUGUGGGUGAAGCGAACUUGCAGAAGACAUUGGACUAUGCUUGUGGAAACGGUGCUGACUGUAACCCUGUCCAUUCAAACGGACCCUGUUACAACCCCAACACUGUUAAGGCACACUGCAGUUAUGCUGUUAACAGCUAUUUCCAGAAAAAAGGCCAAGCUCAGGGCUCCUGUGAAUUUGCUGGCACCGCUGCUGUCACUUCAACUGACCCCAGCUCUAAUGGCUGUUCUUACCCUUCCAGCGCCAGUGGCAGUGGCACAGGCACGGGCAUUGGCACAACACCAACUCCGGUGACAGGUACAAAUCCAUCAAUCACCACGCCUACUAUGAACUCGAGCACCAACAUCCCAAAGGGCACAACACCAACCGGAGUGUUAGGAGGAGUGGGCAGCGGAUUAGGCCCAACCGGGACCACCAGUACGACCAACACCGAUUACAGCCAUGGAGGGUUUCGGUUUCAACCCAUUUCUUACCUCACAACCCUCAUCGUGUUUUCGGGCUUCGUGCUAUUACAGGGUUGACAAUUACAAUAGACCACCAAUUUCUUCUAUCUAAGGACAUGUUAAAGCUAUCUAAGGGGUUAUUAUUUUUUGGUUUUCUUCCCCACGUUGUGGUGUCCGAUGGGUGUAUUAUCUAUUUAUUUUCUUUUUCGUGUUUUGAUGUAAAUCUAAUUCUCUAGGGUUGAAGUAAAUUAUUAAUUAAAACAGAAUUUGACGCC